UACCUAAAACUCUUAAUUCACAAUAAUAUAAUAUUGAAUAAGAGGUGUUAAAGCAAUUUUUUGACUUGGAUUAAUCUCUCAGAAAUUGUGAAAACUUGACUACUACCGUAUUGGCGCCUAAAUAGAUAUCUACUUAAUUAACGACUGCACACAGAAUAAGUGGGAUUUUUGCUCUGCACAGUUGAAGUUGAUAAAAUAAGCUUAGCUUCAAAUGCAGUGAACAUAGGAAAUUAAUGAAUUGAGCAAGCAGUCUGAAUUGAAAGGUCAAUAAACCUGAUGAUUACAAAUAUUUAUCGUGUGCUUCCUAAAUCACCAUCCAUUGAACAAACACAGGAAAGUGCAAGUAAAUGUGAGAUAUCUGCAGCAGGUAUUGAAUAAAAUGAAUUGGCGCAAAUACUCGUAAACAUCGUUAGUAUUACCAACUGAAAUUCAAGUUCGACAAACUAAGGCGUGCAUACACUUGGAGAAAAAGAUUUUAGUUUAAAGUCAAGUUAUUCAUGUUCAAGAUUGCGCCAAGCCUAACAUAAGCAUAAAGAGGACUCUCGUACACUCAGACUCCCGUCUUCACUGCAUAUAUUGACACUUCAUACGAAGGGAUGUUUAUGAACUUUCUGGUUGCGAUCAUAAAUUAAAAAACUCUAAAUCAACUCGAAAAUUUGUGAUCACACAUUGUAGUGUUGUUAUAUUGUGGUGUUUACACUCAGCCAGAUGUAAAAUGUUAGCGACUGUAAAAUGUAGUCUUUAUACAAUUGUAGUUGGUAUAUUAUCUAUUAGAAUAAGUGCUUACGAGACUUCAGUGCCUGUAAUGCAUGCUACAAAAAUACUUACGGACUUACCACAUACAAAUAUUUUCAAUAAACCGCCUUCAACUAUAUCUCAUGAUACAAUCAGUAAUACUCACAUUCAAUCACAAUGGUUAAGUUCAACAACAAAAACUUCAGAAAGUCUUGAUAAUGCACAGAAACCAUACAGUCCGCUUGAAAGCAGUAAAGUUAUGGAUGCACACAAUGAUUACCACAACAUUCAGGAUACUUCCACAAAUAAUUAUUCAGCUAUCUUUUCGGAAGCUAUACCAGCAGUAGAAUUACCUCCUAACGCACUCAUAACUAUUCCAAAGCAAGUAGUUCCCGUUUGGACGGAGAAUAUAACACGCGUAGGAAGAAAACGAAAUUAUAAGUAUAUACCUUUAAGUGCAGAUGUGAGUAACAACGUAAUCUUAACUGGAUUGAAAUACAAACGCAAUAACUCCUUAAAUUUUCAAUCCGCAAUUGAAUCUAAUGAAAAUCUUAAUUCGGAAUUAACUGAGCGCAGUGACAAAAUCAUAACAUCGGAUAGGAUAGAUUUUUCAGGAGAUAACUUAAGUAAACGAAUAGACUUUCACUCUCCUAGUUACAGCCUGAAAAGUGCGAGUUCGUUUCAGCCGGAAUCAUAUCGUGAAGAUAAUCCUAUUUUAAGUGAAAUACCGAUAUAUGAAAAUCCAUAUAACGAUGAUUUUUCUUCUAUGCCCUCUAAUAAAGAAACUAGAAACACACGUCAACUUAUAUUCGAAACUGACCCCAGUCAUAUUUCACAUAAUAUUGAAUUUCCUGGUAAAAGUGUAAAUACUAAACCACAUACUUUAAAUAGUGCAAAUGGUGGAGCUAAAAUUUUUUAUGAAGACGUGACAAAAUUUGGUGAUGUUAAUGGUCCCAUAACUGCAUUGCCUCAGCAUUCGAAACGAAUAAAUUUUUUUGGUGAAGCUGAAAUAUUGGGUGGUCCUCCCCGACAAUUUGUCCCUACAAAAGCAUUGAAUGAGUUUGUAGGCUUAAACAAUUUUCAAAACGUACGCAAAAGUCGAUACUUUCCAUUCAAGUCAUCCCGUAGUCCACGCGUAAUAUUCCCGACAAAUGAUAAUGCCAGCCCUACCGGCUCUGGAUCUGCCUCUGGACCAGGUACAGGAAUAGGUGUUUAUUUCAACGACAAUGUCGCAUUUAGAGACCAAAACUUUGGCUUGAAUGAAUUAGCUGCUAUACAAGAUGUGCGAAACGAAUUUAAUUUAAAGGAUUUGGAUUCAGCUACUGAAACUAGCACACCCCAUUCCGCAAAUACAUUCAAAGAAAAAGUCGACAUAACUACAGAACUACAAUGCCAACAUCGUGGUGGAACUUGUGAAUUUUUUUUGACCUGUUGGAUGAGUGGAGGCCUUUUACAAGGCACUUGCGAUGGAUUACUACGUGGAUGUUGUCAUCGAACAGCAAAGUCAAUAAAUUUGCUUACUUCGGAUUAUGUAGGUGAUACGAUCGACUUAACUGAUCUUCCAUUAAAAAACUAUGGACCAAUUAAAAAUGAUGCUAGUGAGUGUAUAACCUUGUCAUAA